GUAUGAUCAAGGAAGCAGGUUUCAAAUGAAAGUAUCAUGGUGUCUCUAAGGGAAGUUUGCGACUCUGAAUCGUGUCAUCGUUUAAUGUUAGUCAUAGUUGACAAAUAGAAUCAGUUCUAUUUAAUCUUGCAACAUCUGUUCAUCUCGUAAGCUAUGCUCUCUAACCUGAUAUCCUUCGAGUCAAUUGACGACCGUGAAAUCAUGAAGUGGCAGCAAAAACGCAACAGGGAAAUAGAAAAAGAACUGAAAAAGGAGAAAAGUCGUCUGCGUCAAAGGCAAAUGAUCUUAUUAUUGGGUACUGGUGAAAGUGGAAAAAGUACUUUUCUCAAGCAAAUGAAAAUCAUUAAUGGAAAGCACUUUACAAACCAAGAAAUCGAACAGCUAAAAGAUAUUAUCUAUGAUAACAUAUACAAAGGUGUUUUAUUCCUACUGCAGGCACGGGAAAGUCUCAAUAUUCCAUGGGCUGGUGGACUUGGUUCCGCUGCUGCUCAGGCUAGUAGAGAAAUUGAGGCACAUUUUAAAGAAACUCGAAUGAUGCGUCGCGAGCGCUCUCGACUUGGUCAACCACUCUGGUUGGAAGAAGAAUUUCUGGAAAUCGUGCCUUCACUGAAUGCAAUUUGGGAAGAUGAAAGUGUUCGAUUAGCAUUCGACCAACGUUCAAAAAUUAUUACAGAGAAUUUCAGUGAGAAUACACGCUAUUACCUCAAUCGUCUAAAUCAUAUUGGUGUAGAAAAUUAUCGUCCAACUGAUGAAGAUAUAGUUUGGUCACGUAAACCAACGGAAUCUAUAAUUGAAGAAGAAAUAAAUGUCCACUCAUCAUCACUUGUUUUUAUUGACGUCGGUGGACAAACAAAAGAACGUCGUAAAUGGUGUCAAUGUUUUGCUGAUAUGACAUCUGUCCUGUUCCUUAUUGCUUGCAGUCAUUACGAUGAACAUUAUCAAGAUCGAUUAACCAAAGAAUUUCGAAAUAAAUUACAUGAAGCUAUGGUUGUUUUUGAAGGACUUAUCAAUCAUAUUGCUUUUAGACGUGUUUCCAUCAUUAUAUUUUUUAACAAAACUGAUAUACUUAAAGAAAAGUUAAACUCACGUACAUCAAAUAUUCGUGAUGAGUUUCCCAAUUACCCAGUGAAAAUGGAUCCAUUUCGUCUGCAAGAUGUGCAAACAUUUAUGGUUGAAGUAUUUGCCUCUCUAGUCAAUCACAACUUUCCACCAGAUACUCAAGCUCGUUCAAGUCUUUCACAUUCAUCAUUCAAUAAUACUGCUAAAUGUUCAUCUCUUCAUAGACAAAACUCUGUACCUAUGUCCACUAACGUAACAUUUACAGCCCCUGUACGAAAACGUAUGGUCUAUCGUCAUUUCACAACUGCUGUAGAUAGGCGGAAUAUCGAAACAGUAUUCAAUGCUAUGCAAGAUACAGUAUUACAAAAUAAUUUACGUCGUAUCAUGAUGAGCUAAAUACAGACAUAUAAAGUUGUUCAUUUAUUGAGACUACAAAGUGUUUAAUUCCAUUUUCUGCUUUGGUUUAUUAUGUUGUUUUCGCCCUUAGAUCUCAGUGAAAAUAAUAUCUAUACCUUCCGAAAAUUAAUUAAAAGUCCUACUUACUAUUCUUACCAACAAUGUGUGCCAAAUUUAAACUACCACUAAAAUCAUCAAUAAUACUAAUAAGAAGUGUGUGCUUUUCAUUUCAUAUUUUCUUAUCUAAUCAUUAAUUGUCUUUCAUGCUACUCAAUUCUUUAUUACACAAAUAUAUACAUGCUUUUUGAGUUUGUAUUUAUUUUCCACGCAUUUGCUUACGUUGAGCCUACAUAUAUAAACACAAGACGUUAAUGGUACGAGCAUCUGUCGAUUAUAUAUAGAUCCAAGUGAUUUAUUCCAUUUGAUUUAUGUAGAUAAUAUACUUUAUUUUUCUAUAUAUAUAUAUAUAUAUAUAUUGAUGUAAAUUUCAGUGUUCCUACAUGAAAGGAUUCGAAAACAAAGAGAUAAUUGUACGUGUUCUGGAGGAAUACAUAUUGAUAGUGGGCAAAUUCCCCAAUCUUUUUUGGGACACGAUGCUCAUUCAUAUGUUUUGUUCUUGGCCAAUUGAUAUUUCAAUGCUUGUAAAUCAUGUGUUUUAUCUUUUUUGUUAUAAAGCGAGCUUUUUAUACUUCUCAACUUGUCAGAUUUAUUUGCGUAUAAACGCAUGUUUAACUUACUAUAAUUAUAUUUGAUGUAUCUAAAGUCAAAGGUUGAUCACGUAAUGAAUAUUUAUAUGACUUCAG